CAUAUGAGAGUCAAUCUACUACCACUACACUGCUAGUAUCUCAACUUGUAGAAGCAGAAGAAAGCAACAACAGCAACAUUAAUAUCUGUGUGUAGAAAAAUGACGUAUACACUCUCACGUUUUUUGAGGAAAAAGUAUCUGUGUGUUUGGUCGUUUAUUUACCCCCGCCAAGUUUAGUUUUCGAAGUGAUUGACAAGCCCAGUGUGUAUUUGCCUUCGAAACGCGUACGACGUGCUGUGCUGUGUUAUAGACGACACGACGAGUAACAAAAAGAACAACAAGAAGACAACACAAAACAACAAUAAUAAUAAAAAUUUAUAACAAUAUUUAAAAAAAAAAACAAAAUAUUAUUAUUUAUUAGAAAAAAUAUUUUACAAAACAUAAAUAACUUCCAAACAUUAAUGCUUGAAAGUUUAUUGUUUCAAAAUAGAAAAAGUUUUUCCUUAGAAAAAAACGCAAAAAUAACGUCGGCAAAAAAUUUUUGCAAAAAAGUCUAAAAAACAACAACAAAAUAUGUUGAAGUAAUAAAUAUUGAAAACAAAACUUUAAACAAAAGUAUAACACAGCAUUUUGUUUAACUGAAAUUAAAAAUAAUAAACGUGAAAAUUGUGUAACGGUAACGGGUUUUAGAGAAAAAAAGGAACUUAAAAACAAAUACAACAAUAAAAAAUAUUGAAAAGCAGUUGAAAGCUACAACAUUUAUAAACAAAACAAAAAAACAUUCAAAAUAAACGGUUAAAAAAGCCGUCGCUUUUUUUCGCGCGCGCGAUUUUUUCGUUUUGGUUUUAAAAUUAAUUUUUAUUAUUUUUUGGUUUAAAAUAAAGAAAAAACACUAAUGUUUGUUUGUCUAAAAAUCCUAAUUUUAGAGGAACUGUGAUAACAAAAUAAUAACUGGAAAAAAGCAAAAAAUUUGUUUUCUUAACACAACUUAUGUAUACGAUUUAAACAUUAAAGAAACAACAACAAAAUUCCUCUUCGUUAUAUAUUUUUGUUCAAAAUUAAUUAAAGACCUUGCUUUAUUUCAAACAAAAAAGAAAAAAAAUUAACACUUCAAUAACAAAAAAAAAAAUGGAUUUAUGACAUCUACUUCAGAAAAUAACAACAAACAAACAAGAAAAAUCUACCAAAAAAUCUAUCUACUGAAGAACAAGUCUACACCACGCAACCCUACAAUUUAAAAAUAAAUUAUUUAAAUGAAAGCAACAACAACAACCAUUUUUACUUAAAACAACAAAAUCUAUAUAUUGAAAAUUUGUAUACGAAAAAGAAAAUUUCAAAUUUCAUUUUUAAAAAGAAGAAAAUCCAAAAAGAAUUAAAAAAUAAAAUAUAAAUGUGCCUAACCUAUAACCAAACAACAACAACAUAAUAUUUUAACAUAACAAAAUAAUUUAAAUAAAAAAUAACAAGCAAGCUAAGCAGAAAUUUUUUUAAAUUUUUAGUUUAUUUUUUUUGUAAAAAAAGUGACAAGUGAUUUUUUUUGUUUUUUUUUUUCUCAAAAAAGAAUAAUAAUCUUGCUUUUAAUUUUGAAAAAAGAAAGUGCAUAACUCAAUAAAUUAAUAACUACAACUAUAAACGGAAAAAUAUUUAUUUUAAAAUUAGUAAAAAUAUAAAAUUCUACACUUCAAUUUUCUUCUUUGCUGGGAAUAAAGUUGAGUGUAGUUUUUUCUUUUGUUUAAAUUCUUUUUACUAAAAAGUGGCACAAAUCGGGUUGGACGUAGCUCCUAGAGCAUUAAUGGCUCAACCUAGGUAUGACGAUGGCCUGCACGGCUAUGGUAUGGAUUCGGGUGCUGCAGCAGCUGCCAUGUAUGAUCCACAUGUUGGUCAUCGGCCGCCUGGAUUACAAGGCCUACCAUCACAUCAUUCACCACACAUGACACAUGCUGCUGCAGCAGCGGCCACAGUUGGAAUGCAUGGCUACCAUACAGCUGGCGCUGGUGGCCAUGGUACCCCUAGUCAUGUAUCACCGGUUGCUAAUCAUUUAAUGGGUGCAAUACCCGAAGUACAUAAACGUGAUAAGGAUGCUAUAUAUGAACAUCCCCUAUUCCCGCUGUUGGCUCUGAUAUUUGAAAAAUGUGAAUUGGCCACAUGUACGCCCAGAGAACCUGGUGUGCAAGGUGGUGAUGUAUGUUCGUCAGAAUCAUUUAAUGAAGAUAUUGCAAUGUUUAGUAAACAGAUCAGAUCACAAAAACCCUACUACACAGCAGAUCCCGAAGUCGAUUCACUGAUGGUGCAAGCAAUACAAGUACUUCGGUUUCACCUUUUAGAAUUAGAAAAAGUACAUGAAUUAUGCGAUAAUUUCUGUCAUCGAUAUAUAUCAUGUCUAAAGGGUAAAAUGCCAAUAGAUUUAGUAAUUGACGAACGGGACACCACCAAACCACCAGAAUUGGGUUCAGCUAAUGGUGAAGGAAGAAGUAAUGCCGAUUCAACAUCACACACCGAUGGAGCUAGUACACCAGACGUUCGGCCACCUAGUUCAUCAUUAUCAUAUGGAGGAGCCAUGAACGAUGAUGCUAGAUCGCCGGGCGCUGGUAGUACACCUGGUCCUUUAUCUCAACAACCACCUGUCCUAGAUACAUCAGACCCUGAUGGUAAGUUCUUAUCAUCACUAAAUCCUACAGAACUAACAUAUGAUGGUCGAUGGUGUCGAAGAGAAUGGUCAUCACCUGCCGAUACUAGAAAUGCCGAUGCCUCAAGACGAUUAUAUUCCUCAGUCUUCCUGGGUAGUCCCGACAAUUACGGCACAAGUGCAAGUGGCGAUGCCAGCAAUGCUAGUAUAGGUAGCGGCGAAGGCACCGGCGAAGAGGAUGACGAUGCGAAUGGCAAAAAGAACCAAAAGAAACGUGGCAUUUUCCCAAAAGUAGCAACAAAUAUUUUAAGAGCGUGGCUGUUUCAGCAUUUAACACAUCCCUACCCCUCCGAAGAUCAGAAAAAACAAUUGGCACAAGAUACCGGCCUUACGAUACUGCAAGUAAAUAAUUGGUUCAUUAAUGCGAGACGAAGAAUUGUACAGCCAAUGAUUGAUCAAUCAAAUCGUGCAGUCUACACCCCUCAUGCUGGUCCCUCCGGCUAUGGUCAUGAUCCCAUGGGCUAUAUGAUGGACAGUCAAGCCCAUAUGAUGCAUCGUCCUCCAGGUGAUCCUGGUUUCCAUCAAGCAUAUCCUCAUUAUCCCCACGCUGCUGAAUACUAUGGACAACAUUUGUAAUCAAGUUUAGCAAUAAAAUCUCAUUAAAACAAAAGAUAAACAAAAAUACAACCGCAAAAAAACCUUAACCCCAACUAAUAAAAAAAAAGUUGGAUUGCUAGAAAAAAAAAUCUUCUCUAUAUUUAUAUAGUAAGAAAGCGAAAAAGGAGACCAAAACCAAAAUCUUAGAACAAAUAUAUAAGUCCUAAAUAAAACAACACAACAGCAGCAUUAACAACACUUAACAAAAUAGCAACUAAGCAACAGCACUAGGGCAAAGGAUACAAAUUUAUUUUGUUGUUUUUCUAUUAAUUUUCUAAAUUGUCAAAAAAAAGAGUAAAAUACCGGAUAUACGUAAAAAUUUUAAACUUUUUAAAAAGCUUUAAACUUAAAUCCCCCCAAAAAAAAUCAAUAAAGAAUUUAUUUCAAAAUUUAAGCCAACAGCAGCAAGAGCGGUUAAAGGCUUUCAAAAUUAUAAAAAAUAAAGAACUUCUGCAAUCACCUAGUGUUUUAUGGAAAUUUCUUUAUAACAAAAUUUUCUUAAAAAAAAUCCCAUACAAAAAAAAAUUUCUUAAGACAACCUCCGCUACAGCAAAAGGACAUUACUUGUUUUUUAAAAAAUUUAUGUUGAAUUUAACUUUAAAAACUAAAACACAGCGAAUUUAAUUUUUGAAAAAAAAACAACUACCACUUUUUUUGUUAUUACUAAUUUAAACAAAAAGGAAAAUUCUGUAAUUAACUAUAAAUUUCUUAACUUUAAUUUAAUACUAAACUAAAAAAAA